AUGAUUCACUUAAAUCUAAACAUCUUCAUUGUGGGACUCUUGUACUAUAUUUUAUCAUAUAUACUUGAUUUUACUAUUGCAAUAGAUGUUGCACUUCAAACCCAGAAAGGAAUAAUAUAUGGUCGACAAACUCAAUAUUCAACCGAAUACUUAGGAAUUCAAUACGCUAAAGUAUCCAGAUGGAAACCUCCCAUUGAUCUUGUAUCUGAUACUUUUCUCAACGGUACAUUUUAUGCAACUUCAUUCGGUCCCUGUUGUCCUCAACGACCUGCGGGAAUAUAUAUAGAUAGACAAGACGAACAAUGUUUAUAUCUAAAUAUUUUCACUCCAAUAGGUGUAUCGAAUCAAUCAUUACUACCGGUUCUCGUAUGGAUACAUGGUGGCGGUCUACAAAGUGGUUGCUCAUCACAGAGUAUUCCUACGUUGUACAAUGGAACAAAUAUUAUUGCUAAUUCACCUCAACAGUUGGCUAUUAUUGUAACAAUUAAUUAUCGAUUAGGCGUUCUAGCUGAUAUGUAUCUACCGGCUUUGAUCGAAGAAAAUUCAUCAAACUGGCCAACAGCGGGUAAUUAUUACUAUUUAGAUAUGUUGUCAGCAUUGCGUUGGAUUAAUAAAAAUAUUCGCGAUUACGGUGGUAACCCGAACAAUGUUCUAUUAUUUGGGGAAAGUUCUGGAGCCAAUGCAGUUGUAGACAUUGGCGCAUUAAAGGGAUCACUCAAUCUCUAUCAACACAUUAUAGCACAAUCAGGCGGAGCUGGUCAUUAUUUGUAUUAUUCAAAUGUGAGUGAUGCGAUUGGCGUGUCAAACACAGUUGUUCAACAAAUGAAUUGUACAAGCGAAAGUAAUUCAUUAGUUCUUUCUUGUUUACGUAAUUCUUCAAUUCAAAAUUUGAUCAAUGCCUAUGGUAAUCGUCAAACAAAACCAAUUAUUGAUGGAUAUUUUUUUCCAUUUUAUCCACCUUUGGCAAUACAGAAUGGAAAAUACAAUCCAAAUAUCACAAUGAUUAUGGGCAAUAAUGAAUAUGAACAUCUGAUAUGUUUUGAAAAUCCUGAUAUGAACUCAACAGAUGCCAUAUCAAUGAUAAAUCAAGUGAUAGGACCCAAAUGGUCACCGUUGGUUAUCAAUUAUUAUCAGCUAAACAGUUGCUCUUCCAAUAGAAACGCUACGAAUCGUUGCUGUAAUGUUAUUCGUUUAUUGCUAAUGGAUAAAUUCUUUGAUUGUAGUGUCCUCCGAAUAUACAAAAAUUUAUACAUGAAAUAUCAGCAACAACAGCAAUCGCAAAAGUUGUUUUGGUAUCAUUUGGAUUGUAAUCCGGGAAUAUGUCCUCAAUUAUCAGUUGAAGAAGGUGCUGGUAUAUGUGCUCAUACACAAGAAAUUCCAUAUGUCUUUGGAACUAUCAGUACUUAUAGUUCAAUGAAUUCCUACAACUGCACAUGGGAUAAUCAAACACGAAAAUUUUCGAAUGAGAUUAUUUCACAUUGGAUCAAUACGGCUCGAACAGGAGAACCUUUGCAAUCAUGGUCAAUGUAUUUUCCAACUGCAGAAAAAUAUUUUCAAAUUACGCCUUAUUAUGAAUCUUCAGCUCAACCAUGGAAUAGAAAUUGCUCCGUAUUUGAUCAGAUUGAAGAGGAAGAAACACGCCUUAUGUUUCAAAUGAACAGUGGACACUAUCGCACUAUUAACAAGAUCAUCUUGUUCUACAUCAUCGUAUUCCAAAUGAAAUCCUUCAUCAUUAAUUGA